AUGCACCCAGAAUAUUUUGAAGCAGGAUUUUUGGAGACCAUAAAUGCACCCUUUGAGACUUUUCUUGUUUUAAUAGUGUUACAAUUUGCAUAUAUUUCUAGAUCGAUCAAUAAGGAUCAGUUUGAAAAGAAGAAAAAUGACACACUCGACCCUGAGCUAUUUGUGGAAUGUAUGGAUUGUGGUCGGAAGAUGCAUCAGAUUUGUGUUUUGCACAAUGACACUAUAUGGCCAUCAGGCUUUGUGUGUGAUGGUUGUCUGAAGAAGUCUAACAAGACCCGUAAAGAGAAUAAAUAUGCUGCUAAAAGGCUUCCACAGACCAAACUAGGCAACUACUUGGAAACACGGGUUAAUGACUUUCUGAAGCGGCAUAAUCACCCAGAGUCUGGUGAAGUCACUAUUCGUGUUGUUCAUGUCUCGGACAAAGUGGUAGAAGUCAAACCAGGCAUGAAGUCUAGGUUUGUGGAUAGUGGAGAGAUGGCAGAGUCUUUCCCAUACAGAACGAAAGCUUUAUUUGCAUUUGAGGAUGUUGAUGGUGUUGAUGUCUGCUUUUUUGGGAUGCACGUGCAAGAGUAUGGCUCAGAUUGUCCACCCCCUAAUCAAAGACGAGUUUACAUAUCCUACCUGGACAGUGUCCACUUCUUUCAGCCACGCUGUCUGAGAACAGGCGUGUACCACGAGAUUCUUUUAGGAUAUCUGGAGUAUGCCAAAAAACAAGGGUUUACCACAGGACACAUCUGGGCUUGCCCUCCUAGUGAAGGAGAUGAUUACAUCUUCCACUGUCACCCUGCAGACCAGAAGAUACCCAAGCCCAAACGGCUGCAGGAGUGGUACAAAAAAAUGCUGGAUAAAGCCGUAGCGGAGCGCAUCGUGCAUGACUAUAAGGACAUAUUCAAACAAGCAACAGAGGAUCGUCUCACCAGCGCCAAAGAACUGCCCUAUUUUGAGGGUGAUUUCUGGCCCAAUGUGCUUGAAGAGAGUAUCAAAGAACUGGAGCAAGAAGAGGAGGAACGGAAGAGGGAGGAGAACAGCACGUCCAAUGAGAGUGUUGAUACAACAAAAGGUGACAGCAAAAAUGCCAAGAAAAAGAACAACAAGAAGACGAGCAAGAACAAAAGCAGUUUAAGCCGAGCCAACAAAAAGAAGCCGGGGAUGCCAAAUGUGUCCAAUGACCUUUCACAGAAACUCUAUGCCACAAUGGAAAAGCACAAAGAGGUGUUCUUUGUUAUCCGGCUGAUUGCAGCACCCAAUUCCAAUGCACUUCUGCCCAUUGUUGACUCGGAUCCUUUGAUGGCAUGUGAUUUGAUGGAUGGUCGGGAUGCCUUCCUAACACUUGCACGGGAUAAACAUCUGGAGUUUUCUUCAUUGCGGCGCUCCAAAUGGAGCACAAUGUGCAUGCUGGUUGAACUGCACAACCAGAGCCAGGACCGCUUUGUCUAUACCUGCAAUGAGUGCAAACACCAUGUUGAAACUCGCUUCCAUUGCACUGUGUGUGAGGACUAUGAUCUCUGCAUCACUUGCUAUAAUACAAAAGGUCACGAGCACAAGAUGGAGAAACUGGGCUUGGGAUUGGACGACGAAAGCAACAGUCAGGCUGCUUCCUCAACGCAGAAUCCUGGAGACUCAAGGCGUCUCAGUAUUCAGCGGUGCAUCCAGUCUCUAGUACAUGCUUGUCAGUGCCGCAAUGCCAACUGCUCACUUCCAUCUUGCCAGAAAAUGAAACGUGUAGUUCAACAUACCAAAGGCUGCAAGCGCAAAACCAAUGGUGGUUGUCCUAUUUGCAAGCAGCUCAUCGCACUCUGUUGUUACCAUGCAAAACACUGCCAAGAGAAUAAGUGUCCUGUGCCAUUCUGCCUCAAUAUCAAGCAGAAACUACGACAACAACAGCUCCAGCACAGGCUACAGCAGGCCCAGAUGGUGCGUAGAAGAAUGGCCAGCAUGCAAAGGACAGGCCAGCAGCUUCCGGGAGGCAAUGGUGGGCUGCCAUCUCCUGGGAACAGUAGUACUACUGGUCCGAGCACACCAACACCAAGCAGUCAGCCUCCUACCCCACAGCCGCCCACUCAGCUAUGUCAGCCUCCAGUAACUCAACCUGGGGUUGGAGGUGUUCCAUCAAAGCAGCAACAGCAGUUGGCAGGGAUGGCCCAUCAGUACCAGCAAAUGUCUGGAAGUGGUGGGAUGAUGAACUCCCCGCAACAGCCCAUGAUCCCACAGCAGCAGCAGCCAACAUCAGUUCAGCAUCUUCAGCAUGCCAACAACCUUCCUCCAUAUGUGCAAAGACCUCCAGGCUCCUCUCCACUUUCUCAGUCAAUGGGAAAGCCAGGCAUGGUGCCAGGUGGCUUCCCUCAACAGCAACAGUCGAGCCUAGGGCAGCCUGUGAUGCCACAACAUCAACAACCUGGCCCUCCACCUGCUGCAGUAGAAAUUGCCAUGAAAAUUCAACGAGUCGCAGAGUCUCAACGGCAAAUGGCUCAGCAAAAGAUCCUGCAAAGAAACCAGCCUCCUGGCAUGAUGCCUCCACAUGGCCUGCAUCAGGGUCCCCAGACACAAAGCCAGAUGGGCAUGAACCUUCCUGGAGCUUCAAUGGUUGGACCUCAGGGAAUUCCAUCCCAGACACAAGCAGCAGUGGCACGAACUCACAUGGAUCAGCAGCAGGGAAUGAUUACAGCAAGCAUGCAGCAGCAGACAGGAACUCAGUCUCAGCUCCCUCAAGUCCAGUUGCAACAGGCACAGCAAGGAGCACCUCAACUUCAGGGGACGCCACAGCAGCCGUGGGCUGGUCCUGGUAUGCCUCCUCAGCAGAGACCUGGCGUAAUGAACCAAAUGGGUCUGCAAGGAAUGGUUGCACCUCAACAGCAGCAGCAGACAGUUGUUCAACAGCAGCAACAAGGGCAUUCAGCUGUAAUGGGUAUGAUGAGUGGCCAAGGAGCGGCUGCACUUGCAGGUGCUGGCCCUGGAAAUCACUCUCAGGCUGCCUUACUGGAACUCGUAAGAACCUUAAGGCUACCCAGCUCUCCCCAUCAACAACAGCAAGUCCUAAAUAUACUACGUUCAAACCCUCAGCUCAUGGCAACCUUUAUCAGGCAACGAGUUCCUAGGUACCUUGGUCGAGGAGGGCCUGGAACAGGAGGUGUGGGUCUACCAGGAGGACCUGGUGGAGGUCCAGGGCUCAUCGAUGGCCAGCAAAUGAGUGCAAAUCCUGCGGCAGCUCAAGGAAGUAUGCAUAUGCCACAAGGGAAUAGCAUGCCAAUGAAUCAGCUUCAGCAGCAACAGCAGCAGCAGCAACUUCAACAGCGGUCUAUGAUGAGUGGAAAUUUGCAGCAACAACAACAAAUGGCAGCGUUGCAGCAGCAGCAGCAGCAGCAACAACAACAACAGCAACAACAGCAAGGUGUUAUGCCCAGUCAGAGCCCCAACAUGUCCAACAUCUCUCCCCAGUUCAGAGAAAUGAUGAGGCGGCAUUUACAACAACAACAACAGCAGCAACAACAACAACAACAACAACAACAACAACAACAACAACAACAACAACAGCAGCAGCAGCAGCAGCAGCAGCAGCAACAUAUGGGAAACCAUGCUCAGUUUCAGCAUCCUCAACCACCCCAGCAGCAGGGUUAUCUUGGCCAGUCUGGAAUGCCCCCACAACAGCCUGGCCAACCUCAGCCUGGUGGUCUCCAACAGCAGCAGGGAGGUACCCAGCCUGGGACCCAGCAAAACUACUCUGGGUCUGUGUCCCAUCAGCAGGUUGCAGCAGCUCUGCAACAGAGACUGCAGCAUCAGCAACUCCAGAUGCAGCAGCAACAGAGUGCUAUGGCAGGACUCCAAGGUGCUGAUGGAGGUCCUGGAGGCGGUGGUCCCCUCCAGCAGCAACAGAUGCAAUCCGCUCCCAUAGGUUCACAACCUCCGGGCAUGCUUCAGCAAGCUUUCCAGCAACGGCUCCUUCAGCAGCAACAGUCACACCUAGGAGGAGGAUCUCCUGCUCAACACAAUCCCAUGAGCCCUCAGCAGCCCCAGCAACAGAUGUCCCAGUCUCCCCAUUUGCAGGGCCAGCAGUUGUCUAAUUCCCUAAGCAACCAAGUUCGCUCACCCCAGCCGUCGCCUCGGCCCCAGUCCCAGCCGCCAAACUCCAGUCCAUCUCCUCGCUUGCAGCCCCAGCCAUCGCCUCAUCACAUCUCGCCCCAGACAGGGUCGCCUCACCCAGGUCACCUUUCUCAGCAUCACAGUGCUGUGCACCCUCCACAGCAACAACCACAGGCAUCCCAACAGCAGCAACAGGCUAAUGCGAUGGACCAGGGCUCAUUUGGAGCAGACCAGAGUGCCAUGCUUUCACAGCUAGGUGGGAUGGGAGCCUUACAUGGGCAAGGGACAAAUGACAUGCUAUCAAAUAACCAAGAUAUUGGGUCGAACAUGAAUCAUUCAUUAGAUUUGAUGUAAUGUUGCAGUGCUCAAAGAACUGUCCUGAUUGCCAGAGUUUGGUAGCAGAUCUAGGAUUUACAAAGGCUGUCAUCGAUAGUAUUAUUAUUAUUACUAUUAUUAUUAUUUAAUAUUUUUCUUAUGUAAUUGAAAAGAACUGAACUUCCUAUGGGAGAUACUACAUGUGCAAGUCAACAAAUUAAGUUAAAUGAAUGGUAAGUUAUUGCUGUUAAUAUAUAAAAAUAUAUAAAUAUAUUUUUUGCCAAUUGUGUUCAAAGGGUUUUGGGUUAAGGGAUGGGAAAUAUUUCCUCUUGGUAUAUGACCAGAAAUAUUUUUGGGGUGAAGAAGUCUGCCUUUUUUUAUAGAUAUUUUUUAAGAUUUUAAAAGUGGCAUGAAAUUAAAAAGCAAAAUGCGUAAACAAAAUGGACUAUUUUGUUUUCUUUUUCCUCUAAAUAGUCAAAAAUGCCAUCAGUUUUGGAGAGUAUUAGAAUUAUUCUCACAAAUGUAAUGAUUAUGAUGGCAUUGGUAAUAACUGUUAUUUAUUACUCAGCUCUUUUGGUUGGCUAAUAGAUAUUUUCUUGUUCUUUUAUUUUGGACAGUUUAUGGCAUAUGCUAUUUGAACCUCCUACAGUUCUUGAAGAGUAUAUUUUUGUUAGUGAUAGAACCUGACUAUAAAUGGAUGAAUUUAUAUUCUUUUUUAUUUUUAGUUUUUUUUUUUUUUUUUUCUUUUUUGAGGGGUGGUUGGGGCUUAAAUGAAGUUUUGAUAGUGUUUGGGAAACGAUAAUGUGUUUUCUGAUGGCUUGUUGCAUGGGAAAUACCAGUCCUCCUAUGCAUGUUGCAGUUUUCCCACCCUCAUACAUCCUGUCCCAUGAAUGUUUUCACUAUGCCCUCCUUCUCAGUACCUGGAGCCUGAUGACACUACAGGUGUGCAUAGGACAGUACAGUGAUCUCUACUGAGAAGAGUAAAUGCAGAUGAGGGAUUAUGGAUUUUGCAAAUAAUCACCUUGAACUACCCUCUUCCAUCUCUGACUCCAAGUCCUCUUUUCUCCCCAUCUCUCCAGUAAGGAAUUAUUGUUCUGACUCUUCACGCGCAUCUCUAGUGUUCUGAACUUUGGGAUUUAAGUGAUCUCCUUAAUGUAUAAAGAAAAUUCUGAACUGAAAAUAAAUUACUGAAAAUGAAAUGUCUUUGUAAAAAUAUAUAUAUCUAUAUGUGUGAAUGGAGGUAAAUGGACAGAUGUUUCUUCUUGAUUUAUGAUGCUUUGAGCUGAAGAAGUAUGGGCAGCUUAGACUUAACCUGUGAGAUUUUUAUACAUAAAUGGAGCUCAAGUCAGACAAGCACCAAUGCGCCUUUGUAUGUGUACUUCAUUACAAGGAUUUCAUUAGUGUGUACUAAAUCAACACUGUCUGUCAUUAUCUCCAUCCUGUGCACAAAUACAGCAAGGUAGAGACAAAUAGUU